UAACAAUCAGCUAAUUUAUUUCAUUAAUAUUAGAAUAUUUGAAAUAAACAAUAAAAAAAAUUAAGAAAUUAAUAAUUAAUAAUCACCCUGCUUGUUCGUUUUCAGAUGUGGCAGAUGCGACAUUUACAUUGCCUUGAAAACUAUUUGUAGCACAAUUUUGUUGUCACUGUUAUUAUUUUCAUAUUUCAAAUGUCAGCGGUUCGGUUGAAAUUCGCUGCGUUCGCUUAAAUUUUAUACACGCUUUUGAAGUUAAUUUACGCUAAUUUGACUUUCGCCAUAAAUUAUUGCUGUAAAAGUGCAAAACAACACCACAUAGGCGUUGGUUGUUCAACGCUGCCCAUAUAUAUUUUGAAGCACCCGCACAGGCGCAGCUGCUUUAACUGGCAGUUUUCCAAGACAAUGGAUAUUGAUUAUGUGAAUUUAAAUCGACUCUCGGAUGCCGAGAUAGCAACGCAUAUGCGCAAAUUAAAUUAUGAAAAAUUCAAGUCGCUGGUGCGUAUGCAUCUAUCAUUUGAACUCGAUUUGAAUACAGAUGAAUUUGACUUACCUUGUCAUGAGAUUGUUUAUGAAGAUAAAGGAAAACUGAAAAAAUGGAAUCGUUUAUCUAAAAAGCAGAAACAUGGCGCGGCGGGCUGCACAAGCUCAGGUUCAAAGGGCUCAAUUAGUGCAGAGAAUAGUCCGGUAGAAGCAUUGUAUCAACAAAUUAACGCUGGAUUCUUGAUGCAUCUGCAGGAGCUAAAAGCUUUCCUAAUGCUUGAGAAAAAUAUAACGCAAGAAGGCAUUUUCCGCAAAACCGGCUCAGCAUCUCGACAAAAUGAGCUACGUCAGCAAGUACAAAAUGACAAACCGCUCGAUUUAGAAGGCGGUGGCUAUUCAGCACACGAUUGUGCUACCAUAUUCAAAGGUUAUUUAGCCGACUUACCGGAACCACUGCUCACAGACGCUCAUUACCCGGCACAUCAACAAAUAGCGCCGCUAUGUCUGGGAUCAGGUUCGUGCAGUAGCAGCAGUACAGGCACUUUAACACGCCCCCAUAAUCCGGAACGCAUUAAGCGUGAGCAACACCUGCUCAAUUCCAUACAGUUGCUAUUGCUGUUGCUGCCCGAUGAAAAUCGCCAAUUGCUACAGCACAUAAUAGAAAUUCUAAAUGCUGUGGCUGCGCGUGAGCAAGAAAAUAAAAUGACACCAGAAAAUUUAGCUACAAUUUUCGCACCGCAUCUGAUUUGUCCACGCCAACUGCCGCCAGAGGCACUACACUAUAUAUCCAAAACGAUGUCUAGCAUUAUCGCUUAUAUGGUUUGUAAGGGACAAGAGAUUUUCGAAAUGCCUGCAAAAUUAUCAACAGACAUACGUGCCUAUUUCGUGGAACGUAAACGCAAAAAGACCAUGUCACCGGAACAAACAUUAGAUGAGUCCAUAUCGGACAUGUCCACUGUGAAUACGGUGUAUACAUUUGUGGAUCGGGAGAAAACAGCAGCGGCGCAUACGGCCAACAAUACAGAUACCGAGUUGGCGCAAUUGUACGCGCAUAUACAAAGCUUGCCGGAGUCUUCCAAGAAGCGUCGUCUCAUCAAACAAUUCAAUAAACAGAAUGGACAGGGUACACCGCUCCAAUUGGUGGUUAUGAAUCGAUUGAAGGGCACAGAUGCGUCGCGCAGCGCCAAAUCUAUAGGCGACUCUAUCAAGAAACACAUUUUCCAUAAAAGUCUCAUCUCAAGAACACCCAAACGUCCAGCUACCACCACUGCAACAACACCAGCUGGCGUUGAAACCCCAAAUUUCGCAAAUACACACAAAAAUCCAAAAAUGCGGGUACUAUUCCGCAGCCCCGCGCCCUCACAAAGCAGCAGCAACUACUCGGUUGCCAAUACACCAAUCAGAUCUACAGCAACAACAACCACCACCCAAUCUACGCAUGCCAUUAAUCGCACGCUCACUAACACACCAACAUCUUCAUGUAACUCCUCGAAUACCUCAUUGUCCAACACACCGUAUUCCAUUAAAUCACUACAACAACAUCCAUUACAUAAAUCGAUCUCAUCAAAUUCACUGCUUUCGCACUCGUCUAUAACGCAACAGCGCAAAUUGACACUGCAACACCAUAACAACGAUGAAGUGUCUGAAUCUUCUUCCCUCUCCUCAACCAGCAGCGAUGGUAUGCCACUGGCAGCAGCGCCGAAGUACGACUGCUCCGUUUCCGCACCCGUCAGUCGUCAGAAUUCGGACGAAAGUAAUGUGGCCCAAAGCGCCACCAACCGUUUAGCCGUACGCUGGAAUGCCAAUUGCUGUACGCCACUGAAGUUCGUUUCACAUGCUGCCAAACAGCUAGCUGCACACGUGGACGUCACUAGCGCGGAUGUGCGCAAAACGGUCGCUUGGGAUGACGCGCAACUCUUAAACAUAGAGGAGAUCUCGAAUCCCGGCACACCCAUACAACAAAAUUCGGCCGAAUACAAGUCGCGCUACAAAUCGGAACCGAAUCUGAGUUACGCCAGUGAGGUUGUCAACUCGGCGACGGCCGGUGCGCAAGUGAGCGUUACAAAGUAUGCGAAUGGCAGCCGUUCGUUGACACGCAAACUCAUGAAAGGUGUAAGUAUGGGCAAUUUGAAGUUCUCUUUUGCCACACCAGAGUCCACGAAGCGGCUGGUACGUACUGUCUCCUCUACGUUGCGUAGACGGUCGGCAGGCGACGAUGAGCUACCGAAAGUAGGCGCGCACAACAAAGCAGAGCAACUAAUAGCGGUUGCGGCGAGCGAGAGUUUAGAGGAUUUGGACGAUGAAAACUUUGUAGAUAACCCCAAUGAUCAGUUGGACAGCGAUAGCGAAUCAGCUGUGGAUGAUGAUGAGGAAGAGGGACAGGAGGAGGCAGAUAACUACGAGAGCGCUUAUAGAGCAGUGCAUGAUAUUGGCGUUACUGUCGUGGAUGGGCGUAGUAGCAAUAGCAACUCGAGUGACAACAGCAACACACGCUAUCACAAGCAGCUUUUGCUGCAACAGUGUGGCGUUUAUAGAAGUAUGGAAUUAAUAACGAGCACGCCAUCAUUACUGCUCGGCAGGCGCUCAAUGUCGCCGAUUACGAAGUCUACACAGCGCAUGCCCAAAUCAAUGCAGGAAUCUAUAAUGACACCACGCUCACGCAAACCUGUCAUGGUGCUAACCACAAACACGCACAGUUCCAGCGAUCAAAACCAGACGAUUUGUCAAACGGACUACGCCAGUUUUCGCGAGCAGGACGAGGAUGAGAGCAGCCAUAGCCGCAACAGCGCCGACUUCACGCAAAUCGAAAUCAGUGAAAUAGAUGCAGCGCCGCAUUUGCAGUGCGAGGAUGCCACCUCGUUGGACAGUUACACCGAAUUGAUGCGUGCGCGUCAACCAGUCUUGGCCGCGCUGACACACGACGAACGCAGUGUGGCGAAGGUUGAUGCACUAAGCAGUAAUUUUAAAGAAUAUUUACGCAGUCGUAGCGUACUCACCGCUAGUCCAGUUGACUCGUCGUUCUCUAGUCAACCCGAUGAUUUCUGUUCACCACAGAAUAUUGAAGAUUUGAAUGACUCACAAUUGAGCCCAAGCUUACUGUAUUGCCUCGACGGCCAUGAACCCGAUGAAGUUGCAAUAGACAGCGAUAAAUUAAUUAAACCAAAAAACGAUGCGUAUGCGCAGCAAAUGACAAACGUAAAUAGCACGAUUGUAAAAGCUACAGCUGAUGACAGCAAAUGUUGCACGCCACAUAAUUCGUAUUAUCGCAAUCGGCUGUUCGCCAUGAACAAUGCACGCAAACGUGCUGCUAACAGCGAAUACAGCAAGAUUACACAAACUCCUAUAAUAACGGCUGCCACAGCGCCGAACAGCAGCGACAUGGCGCACGCUGGCAAUAACAGUACGAAUGCGACAGCAAACAAAGAGAAUAUAGAACUUGUGGACGGCUACUUGCGCUCCAGAAAACUGCUCAUAAGCGAGUAUCCCGGCGAAACAUCAUUUUAAGUUAGUUACAUACAAACAUUACUAUUAUAUUAAUUAAUUAAUUUAUAUUACAAUAACUUAAAACAUAUUAAUUUCAUGUAUACAUACAUACAUAUAUAUAUAUAUAUUUAAUAUAAGUUAGAUGUGUAUUUAACCUUGCAUGGUUAAGUGUGUGCACAUUUCGUAUUAUUUUCAAAUCAAACUCGAAUUUCAAAAUGCUUCCCACUUUUACAGAACAAAAAUAUCAACUUAAAUUAAAUAUAAAUUAGUAUUAGUGCCUAUUUACGUAUACACGUAAACAUUUAAUAAUCAAUAGAAGUUGCAAAUUUAAUUGUUCAAGUGCAGAAUUGUCGGCGCAGAAGUUAAAGCGAAAAUUUCAUUUGCAUAGUUCAUAUAUACUCCUAAAUCGUGUGUAUUCAUAUAUAUACAUACAUAUUUUUAUACCAUAUGAAGUUUAUAAUAUAAUAUUAACCUUGAGUUCUACAAAAUAUGUAAUUUGUUAAAACAUUUGUUAUUUUGCAUAUACUCAGUAACUUAUGCUUUGAGAAAUGUAAAAUAUUCAUUCAAUAAAAUGUUUCUUUAGUUUUGAAA